AUGAGGGUGCACGUGCCCUUCCCCUCCAGUUGUGCACAGAGUGACCCUGUGGCCUUGACAGUGGAGAAGGCGUACACAGCCAUGCGCGUGACUGAUCUGCGGCGGUUGUGUCUGCAGAGACGUCUGACAGUCAACGGCCGCAAGAGCGCCCUCGUGCACCGACUGCGCCACCACGACGACAACCAG